AUGUGCGGUUUUGGUUUCAUGGCUUACGGUUUUGAUUGCUGCCAUCGCUCAAUUGAUUUUCCACUAAUGCCAUCGAUUGGCACAGUCGAAAUAAAAGUGAAAUGCAAAGUAUUAAAAAACACACAACUUAAAUAUCAAAAUAAACAAUUUACACUCAUACUCAUACUGGAACCAUAA